GGAGAAGAUGGCGGGGUGAAUGCCUCCUCCCCAAAUUUAAGCGCUCUCAUUUCAUCCUUCCCACGAGCGUUUCAUUUCGUUCCAAUUACCAGCCUGCUCUCUCCUCCUCCGUCUCCUUCUUCGUCGACGAAUCGCAACUGACUCGUUGCGAUGGAGGUUUGGCGGUGGUGUGGAGGCCCGCCGCCGUUGUUUGAGGCUGAUCUUGAUCGAGUCUGAGUCGAUCGCUCUUCAUCCACCAAAGCGACCGAUUAUCUCUUCGAUUCCAGUUUUCUAUACGGUAAGGUUGUGGUCGGUCUGCUUAUAAUCCCGUCACGGGGCGGUCUCCGUCCGGCUGAAGCAUGUGCGGUGGCCCGGAGCGGGUUGGGCCUUCGUCGCCGUCUCCAGCCUCACGAGAAGACAACGGAGUGAUGGACUACAUCACCGACGACUCGUUCUCCAGCCUCCUCGAGCUCGCGGCGAACAACGACGCUGGUGGGUUCAGGCGAUCGCUCGACCGCGACCCUUCCGCGGUCGACAAGGUCUGCCUCUGGUAUGGCCGCGAGAAGGGCUCCAAUAGGAUGGUCCUGGAGCGCCACACCCCGCUGAUGGUCGCCGCCACCUAUGGCAGUCUCGACGUCCUCGGUCUCCUCCUCUCCUCGCCCUCCGUUUUGGUCAACCGCGCUUCCGGCCGUGACAGAGCCACGGCUUUGCAUUGCGCCGCCUCGGGUGGGUCUCCCGACGCUGCUGAUGCCGUGAGGUUGCUGCUUUCCGCUGGCGCCGAUCCCGACUUGGUGGAUGCCAACGGCCGCCGGCCCGCUGAUGUGGUCAUCGUGCCUCCGAAGCUGCCUGACGUGAGGAUUGCUCUGGAAGAACUUCUCGGGAAGAGGUGUGAUGGUUCGGGUGGAGAUCAACGUCGUGCUGCCCUUCACGUGAUUACGGGGCCAUCGAACUCGGAUUCACAGCCGUUAUCUUCCUCCCUCGAUUCGGAUGGAUCGCCGCCGAUAACCACAAAAGCCUCGGAGCUUCAGCCGCCUGCAGUGCCGGAGAAGAAAGAGUACCCCGUUGACCCAUCGCUUCCCGACAUCAAGAAUAGCAUCUACGCCACCGAUGAGUUCAGAAUGUACUCGUUCAAAGUCCGGCCGUGCUCGCGGGCGUACUCCCAUGACUGGACCGAGUGCCCGUUCGUCCACCCCGGCGAGAAUGCCCGGCGUCGUGAUCCGAGGAAGUACCACUACAGCUGUGUUCCAUGCCCCGAUUACCGGAAGGGCGCGUGCAGGAGGGGCGACAUGUGCGAGUAUGCGCACGGGGUGUUCGAGUGUUGGCUUCACCCGGCGCAGUACCGCACGAGGCCAUGCAAGGACGGGACUAGCUGCUCUCGCCGUGUCUGCUUCUUCGCCCACACCAACGAAGAGCUCCGGCCGCUUCACACGGCCACCGAUUCUGCCCUACCGUCGCCACUGUCAUCGGCCUCUGCUGCGAUGGAGAUGGCUGCAGCGCUGAGCCUCAUGCCUGGGUCGCCGUCUUCGGUCUCUUCUGUGAUGUCUCCUUUUACGCCACCCAUGUCCCCGUCCGCCAAUGGAAUCGGUCAUUCUUCGUUCUCAUGGGCACAUUCCAACAUGCCUGCGGUGCAUCUUCCCGGGAGCAAUCUCCAGUCAAGCAGGCUGCGUGCGUCUCUCAGUGCACGGGACAUGCCCGUGGAUGAGUUCUCUGCGAUACCUGAAUGCGAUGGCCACCAGCUGCUGAACGAAAUGUGCCACUCUCGCCUGAGCUCAUCUCUGGGAAGUGCAAUGGCUCGAUCAAAGGCAUUCACUCUCGAUGACUUUUUCUCAGCUGAGCCAACCUCAUCUCCAAAGUAUAACUCGGAUCAGGGGGCUAUCUUUUCGCCAUCUCACAUGACUACUGCUCUCAAUCAAUUUCAACGGCAACAGCAGAGCCUGCUGUCACCAAUAAACACUGUUUUCUCACCCAAAUCCAUGGAUGGCCAGCAGGUGCCAGGACACUCUGUGUUGCUGCAGGCUUCCCUCGGUGCUUCUUCACCUGUCAGGAUGUCUCCAAGAAACAUGGAGUCCAUCUCUCCAGUGAGCUCUCAUCUAUCUUUGCUUGCUCAGAGAGAGAAGCAGAAGCUGAUGCUGCGAAGCCUGAGCUCCCGUGAUGCCGGUUCCGGAACGUACCCGGUUGUUGGUUCUCCUGUUAACCAUUCGUGGUUAAAGUGGGCAUCACCUACCUCGUCGCUCGACUGGGAAGUGAACGGCGAAGAGCUUGGCUGUCUCAGGCAACCAUCGCCGUUUGAGCUGCAAGCUACUGGUGAGGAGCCCGAUCUCUCCUGGGUCCAUUCUUUGGUGAGAGACUCCCCAGCCGAGAACGUGGUCGCUGCUUCAGGAGCUCCCGCUGGGCUUUCCAGCUCGCCGCAUGCUAAUGGAAUUGAAGGUUUGAAUCGAGAUGGUCAAUCUGAUGACCUUGAUCAAGCUGCGCUCCUUGGAUCCUGGCUCGAUCAGUUGCAGCUCGAUCAAAUGGUAAUCUAACAACAACAAGAGUUGGGUAUUCACUGAACUGCUAGUAGUAGUAGUAGUUAACGACCAAAGUAAAUAACAUUUUUUUAGUUAGUUGGGAAAGAAGUUGAAGGGUUAAUCAUCAGAGAUUCAUUUGGUUUUUAGAAGUGGAUUUGUUAUUACUACUACAAUAGCAGAGUUCUAAAAGGUCCAAAACAUCAAAGAAAGCUCAUCUCUGUGUCAUUCCAGAUCUGCCCAGGUGAACUUCUCCCCUACAAUUUGAGUUUUCUCUACUUCCCACCUUUGACUAGUAUUAUUAUGUAAAAACAAAGUUCAUAUUGUUUAUUUGCAAUGAAACUCAUCUAACUUGUGUUGAAUGUUUGUCAUGGUAUUAUCUACUGUAUUGGGGGUCAGUAGUGGGGUUGAGUCUGUUGGGGAUUUGACUAAUAGAAAAAAAAGAUGCUUGGUGAUUUGUUCUGAUCAAACCACCGGUGCAUAUUUUCUCCAUCUGAUGUAACAUUUGGUUGAACUUUGUUGCUGUCAUUAUCAAAUCCAUUAUUCUUUUGUA